AGCCUUUUGGGAUUUUUUUUUUCUUCUUUCUUCAAACUACUUCAACGAGAUGGACUCACGAACCAGGAACAUCAUACAGCAACACAUCAGACAGAUCAAGCUCAAACAAAUCAUCAAGGAACUACCCCUCUUACUCGUUCUCAUCAUCUUACUCUGGGCACAAUACACCAUCUCCAUCUCAUUGGUCCUCAACUAUCUGAUUCUCACCCGAGGCCUGGCCUUAUUCGGACUGACGAUCUGGAUCCCAUUUAACCUAUUCUGGUCAUCGACCAUCAUCAACCUCGCAAGAUGUGUCAUCACCGGCCCGGGAUGGGUUGAGAAAUCACCUCCGAACCGUCGUAGUAGCACAGCAACCAGGGACGAGUACGCUCAAGAAGAUCAACAAGAAGACCUCGAACGACAACCUAUUCAGGCCCCUCAUCAGAAGAUCCAUCAAUCUCGACCUACUGCCCGUCAACUGGCACCCUACGAUGAUCACUCAGAAGAAGAAGAAGAUCUAGAAGACGACUCAGAUGUUGAAUCAGAACAUGAGUACGAUCACACAUCAUCAGUCCCACUCCUUUCUCAGACAUCAUCCUCCACCGCUCCCUCUCGCCAUCUAGAGCAGCAACCAAUACCGAUGAGGAACAACAACAGCCAUCGAGGAAGACCAGACCUAUUACUUCCACGUCCUGCAGUCACCUCCAGCUCACCACCCUCCUAUCUAUCAGGUCCCACCAGCCUCCCUCCUUCGAAUCUCUCCUUCCAAGAGCAAGUCCAACGCCAACAACAGUCCUCAUCCAGCCCCAGCGACCUUCUCGCCGCUUUGAACUUCCCUCCCUCCGUCCCACGUUCCUCCAACCGACCAGAACCAUCGUGCAGGCCGGACUCACUCAUGUGCAAGUCCGAUGGCUCGCUUCGGUUCUGUCGGAAGUGCGAACACUAUAAGGCCGAUCGAUCCCACCAUUGCAGCUCCUGUGGCCGUUGCGUCCUACGUAUGGAUCAUCAUUGUCCCUGGCUGGGCGGCCGUUGCGUGGGACUCAAGAACCACAAAUUCUUCAUCCUCUUCCUCCUCUCCUCGUCCAUCACUUCCAUCAUCGCCGCCCUCGCUGCCGGUAAGGGCCUCAUGGACUUUGUCUCUAAUACCCGCAUCUCUCCCGGCGAUCCCUUCCAAUUGGCUCCCCUCAACUGGGCCUUCUUAAUUCUCGUCGGUGGCCUCUUUGGGAUGGUCCUAGCCGGAUUCACUUGCUAUCAUCUCUAUCUGAUCUCCGUCAACAGGACGACAAUCGAAAAUAUGGAGCGGUCGGUUAGGAUCAGGCCAACGGGGACGAGGGACCCGAGUGAGUCGUAUGCACUACUACGGACGACCAGGUUGCGAGCGUUUGAGGGGGCUGUUGGGGGGACGCAGAGGCAUAGGGUUGAUGACCAACGAAUGCCGAGUAUGCCGGGCGAAUCCAUCCAAAUGAUCGAUGGCACGGGGCAGGAGACAGAGGGGAUGGGCCAAGCACCCAAGCUGCCUUCUUACAAUCUGCCAAUCUACAAAUCCGACGACCAGCUUAGUAGACUGGAGCGCAGGAAACUUGAGGCAGGGGCUACCAAGCUCAACCUCUUCGACCUCGGCUCGACGCUCGAAAACUUCAAGCAGAUCUUUGGUGUUCAUAGUCCGGUCUGGCAGUGGUUCCUACCCAUCCAUCCCAGAGGGAUUAGUGACGGAUAUCAGUUCCCAAUCAACCAUCACAAUCUCCAUAAAUUGGUCGAACUGACCUCGGAAAUACGACUGUUACCUAACGAACGAUCCAACGAACUUCGAUUCGAAAGACCUUGACAUCCCUUUUUGUUCUCCUCUGCGGCUUCCUUCUUACCUUCCUGUCUUCCUCUCCUCCCUCGUCUUGUUCAGCACAUUUCUCUUCUCUUAUCUUUGGCAUAUUCAGAGACAUACAUAUAUGUAUCUCUAUGUUUUAACUUGAUCUGUUCUCGUCUUUUUUUGUAUUCAAAUAUAUCACUAGGUCACGUUCAUUUGUGUUGUUUUGUUUGUUCGGAUUGCAUCUUUUUUUACACUUGAUUUCCUGAAUGUUUGAUUUAGUUUAGUCAUGGAAAGACAUUGCUGUUGUCUCUUUUGUAUAAUAUUUACAUACACAUCAUACCUUUUUCCCCCUUAUUUUUUGCUGCUUUGAUACGCAUUGACAUGCACUAGAUCUUUCGUUUUGUCCUUGGACUUCAACUUGCACAGAAGAUUGAUCAGAUUUGGAUACGCUUCUUUAUUAAACCUUUUGUUUUCAGAAAUCAGUUUCGUUUUACUGGAUCACUG